UACUUACAUUACAUUAUUUCCGAUAGAAACAUAUGGCUAUAAGGUCCUUCCCAUUGUCGUUUGCUAGUUAACCUCAAUUCUUCUUUCAUAAAAUUCUUCAUACGUAGACACAUAUAAUAUAUAUUACCUCUUUGGGUUUAUGCGACAGUUGUAGAUGAUCAAUGUUGGAAGGAUGGUAUUGUCGUUCUAUCGCAAACAACAAUGCAGAUGCAGAGGAAGAUGACGAGGAAAGCCCAGAAGAGGAAGUACCCAAUUACAAGGAUCAGUAUCGAAAUCUUAAGAGAAAAUUAAAAUUUCUUAUUUAUGAAAAUGAAUGUUUUCAAGAAGCUUUAAGAUCCACUCAAAGAAAGUUACUUAAAGUAAACAGGGACAAAAGUUUCUUAUUGGACAGAUUGUUGCAAUACGAAAAGGUAGACACGUCAUUUAGCGAAAGCGAUGAAACUGAAUCGUCCGACGAGGAAGUUGCUAGGCUUGAUACGUCCAAGAGAAAAAAGAUAGAAAUGAGUGUUGGUAAUCAUAUUUCGCAUCAUCCGUCUACAGUUACAAAACCUCUUAAUACGAGCAAAAAGAAAAAAGCUGCGCCAAAAGUAACGAAAACGAACAGCAUACCCACGGUACAAGCGUCCAACAAUAUGGUACCAAUGUCUUUAAUGUCGGAUGGACAUAUGACACCGGAGGAAGUAGAAAGGCAUUUGGAAUCUCGUCAAACGUUUAUAGAACUUGUUCCAGAAAAAGCACCACCUACGGUUCCAACAGAAAUGUUUAGCAAUGAUCCUUCGCUGGAUAGUGAAUCCAAUGAAAUCGGCGAAUUAGAAACGUCUCCCAGUAAUAUGGGCGAAGAUUGUCUCAGCAUGGACAUGAUGGCUGAGUGACAUCAAUUCAGUCAUAGAUUAUUAAUCAAUUAUAAAUUGCACAUAAUUGCAUGUUUCGUUAAUAUUAAUAUUUUAUUCAAUUAACUUAUCUGUGUAUUCGUCGUGUGUAGCAUAAUAAAAUUUUUUAUACAUAUGAAAAA